AUGGGUAGCACCGGGAUGAUCAUGAUUGCUAACACCCGCCGUCUUGUUGACGAUGGAGGCAAAUUUGUUACUCCGAAGGGGCAUGAUAAGGGACUCUUGAAGCGUAUCUGCCAGAAAGCUUUGAACCGCGGCGGCAGAGUAAGAGUCGAUGGUAAUGGCUGCAAGCGUGUAACCGCUCAGUACCUGCGGAAUAAUGAUAAGGUGUGA